AUGAAUCAGGAAAACACUUACGUGCUCACACAUGACGCAGACGAGCAAGUUCGCCUCGAGAGACAACAUGCUAUGUUCAAGAAGUUUCUGAAUCGCGACACGUCUAUUGUACCCGACGUUGUAGAUCCAUCGUCUAUCUCUACCGUCCUGGAUGCAGCGGCCGGUACUCUUGUUUGGUCCCGAGAUUUUGCGACUAUUCCCGAGAUAAAACCGCGAAUAUCCUCUCCGUCCAAUCCAGUCAAGCUCUACGCCUGUGAUUUGACUGCAGAGAAGUUUCCCCCGAAACCCAUUGUCGAUGCGCUUGGAAUCCAACUAUUUCUUCACGAUGUCACGAAGCCAUUUCCGGAGGAGAUGACUGGAAUGUUCGACCUCGUCAACAUGAAACUUCUCAUCCUCGCUUUGAGCAAGGAUGGCUGGUUGAACGCUCUAUCUAAUAUUCGGGAAGUGCUUAAGUCCGGAGGAAUUUUGCUCCUGAACGAAUCCGAUGGUCACUUCUAUGCUAAGGAGGAGCUCGAAAUAGCCCGAGCAGCUUCCCCUCUGUCUCAUUCCAUGACACCAUCCUGGACAUAUCCCUUGAAUCAACUCUUUAUCAAGAAUGCAGAGAUGCAUCAGCACCUGACGGAAGCUUACCCGAAAUGGUUCGGUCCACAGGACUUACCGUUUACUCCCAGUUCUCCGUCUUUCUUCCCAUGGGAGCAUUAUGCCUUACGGAGUUAG